CAUUUUCUUGCGUGUUACAUAUGACCCUUCACAACUACCAGUAUGAGGACGUGGUGGCUAUUCCUGUGCUGUUUUAUUGCAGACACUUGUAUUCUGAAUACAAAAGGUUCUCACACCUAUUCAAAAUGUGUGGCAAAUGUUGCUAUUGGAAAAUCAGUGUCGGUGAGUUCAACACACAGCGGGUUUCCACCCUCAAACGCUGUGAAUGGAUACCUCAACGACUUCAUGCAUACAUCAGGAGAAGAAAGCAAACCAUGGCUCACAAUAGACCUUGGAGGCACAUUUCUGGUACAACAGAUUGAAAUCUUCAACAGAGCGGACUGCUGCGGUGCUCGAUUUCAUGAUGCGGAGGUGACAGUAGGGGAAUCCCUGGAUAACCUACAAUUCUGCGGCCAUUAUUCGGGACCAGCAAGGAACGGAGAGAGAAUAGCGAUAUGGUGUCCUUCUCACACAAUUGCUCGUUUUGUUAAAAUCCAGAUGGUGAAAGGAAGAGGGAGCAUAUUGCAUGUGGCGGAGGUCCUCAUUUGGGGAGUGCCUGAAGGAAAUUCUCUAUAUUCACUCCCGUCUACAAAUUGCAUGACAAAUGUUGCACUGGGGAAAUCUGUGACUGCAAGUACAGUAUCCGGAAACUUCCAGCCGUCAAACGCUGUGAAUGAAUACCUCAAUGACUUCAUGCAUACGGCUAGAGAAGGCAGACCGUGGCUUAUGAUAAAUCUUGGAGAUAGAUUUCUGGUACACAAGAUUGAAAUCUUCAACAGAGCGGACUGCUGUGGUCAUAGGUUCCAUGACGCAGAUGUUAAAGUAGGAAUAUCUAAAUCAAAACUACAUGGCUGUGGACACUAUAGAGGGCCAGCUCAGAAGAGAGAGAAGAUAGUGGUGAUGAUUUAUAGUUUAGCCCUCUCCGUAGAAGAUACAAGGUCGUACAAACACUAGAAUAUGUACAUACACAAUGGAUAUGCUAAAAAUAUAAGUUCUCUCCCCUCCAUGAUUUAUGAAUUGAUUUAAGGACUUUUCCGAUCAAUUUUGUCGUUUGAUACA